AUGGAUGAAACACCUGGUAAUCUGCUUCCUUUAAGAUUACAGGCUGCAGAGGUGCAAAGCCAGGAACAGCUAACAUGCCUUGAGAGUGAUGAAAGAUGGUUCUGUCAGCAAAUAGUCAAAUAUAACCCAGUUAAUUAUAUGAGGAGCUAUGCUCAAUAUGAACCUAAUUAUUACCAACCUAGACUCGCUGUACCAAUCAAUAAUCCAUACAUCUCUCACAUAUAUCCUGGAAAACCUGUUGCAGUUAGACCACAUGUCCAAAUUCCUCAAUGGCAAGUUCCAUCAAAUAUCAACCCAUCCCCACUAGCAUAUCACACAUACUUCCAUCCAUCACUUAUAGUCGUUCCCCCAAAGAAAGUUCAGGAUGAAGCUAUAAUCCCUACCAUUGACACCACCACUAUUGAACCAACACAUAUUCCAACCAUUGAACCAACAGUGAACACUGUUGUCACUCCUGACGCUUCUUCAGACUUUAUCAGCACUUCAAGUACACCUGCGACUACCACAGUCCCAGUUACUUCACCCAUUGUCUGA